AUGAUUGUGUGUGCGUGAAUGUGUGUGAGUUUGUGUGUAUGUGUGUGUUUCUGUGUGUGUGUGCGUGUUGCGUACCGGAGGGGAACCCUGUCUCUCCGCACAAACCGAGAGACUGAAGCCCGGCUCGGAGCAUCAAUGAGCGGAGGACAGGAGGAUGCGGACGGUGGUCUGUGACGGAUCUACCAGGCGUGUGAGAAUACGGAGGACAUGAUUGUGAAAGCUGCAUUCAUUGAUUUUAUUGUCGGUAUUGUUGGAUUUUUUUUUCCACCGAAUGAAUGUGGAUGUGAAGAGAGACCUGCAAUGGAGCGUCGAUCCAGCGCGUGAGAUUUGCUGUCCGUCCGUCUGUUUGUAAGCUAUUAUCCCAGACAAUAAGACACGGAGAUUAGCUAUUAGACGUUUUGGCACCUCAUUAUUUCUGUAAGUUUUUAAAGGAGGCUUUGUUUUUAGCUACAUUUCUUUAUGAUAUGAUCAAGAAGCCAUUCUGAAUUUGUUAUUGAUGAUAAAGGAAUUACUGGUUACACAAUUCCUAUGCAGACAACAGGCCAUUAAAGGCACCAUAAGGAUUUUUUUUAUUUAGACAAUAAGUACUAGGACUUUCUGUCUGACAGAGAAGGCAGUCAUGUCAAAAAAUAAGAGCAGUGAGUCAGUGAAGGUGGUAGUUCGAUGCCGCCCUCUCAACCGGAGAGAGGAGUCCAACGGGCCUGCUGGGGGCAUCAUACAGAUGGACCUCCGGCUCGGACAGGUCAUCCUCAGAAACCCUCGAGCACCAGCCAGCGAGCCCCAGAAAACAUUCACAUUCGACGCCGUUUACGAUGCUAACUCCAAACAGAGAGACCUCUACGACGAGAGCGUGCGACCACUCAUAGAUUCAGUUCUCGCAGGGUUCAAUGGCACCAUAUUUGCAUAUGGGCAAACAGGAACUGGGAAGACGUACACGAUGCAGGGAGCCUGGUUGGACCCAGAGAAACGCGGUGUGAUUCCAAAUGCAUUCGACCAUAUCUUCACUCAUAUCUCCCGCUCGCAGUCUGAUAGGCAGUAUCUAGUGCGGGCAUCCUACCUCGAGAUCUACCUGGAGGAGGUCCGAGAUCUUCUGGAUCCUAACCAUGGCAGUGCCAGGGCCUUGGAGCUUCGGGAAAGUCCAGAUUCAGGGGUGUAUGUUCGUGACCUCACAUCAUGUGUCUGCAAGAGCAUAAAGGAGAUUGAGGAAGUGAUGAAUGUGGGGAACCAGGCAAGGGCGGUUGGUGCAACAGACAUGAAUGAACAUUCCUCUCGAUCCCACGCCUUGUUCCUGAUCACAGUGGAGUGCAGCCAGCCGGGUCCUGAUGGGAGGAAACACAUCCGAGUGGGACGCCUUAACCUUGUGGAUCUGGCUGGAAGCGAGCGCCAAGCCAAGACUGGUGUCCAGGGUGAGCGCCUGAAAGAAGCCGCCAAAAUCAAUCUUUCCUUGUCUGCACUUGGGAAUGUGAUCUCAGCGUUAGCUGAUGGACGGAGUGGUCACGUGCCGUACCGGGACUCCAAACUGACCCGGCUCUUGCAGGACUCUCUGGGUGGGAAUGCAAAGACAGUCAUGGUUGCCACUUUAGGCCCUUCUUCGUUGCACUACGACGAGACCCUGACAACCCUCCGCUACGCCAACCGAGCAAAGAACAUCCAGAACCAACCAAGAGUCAACGAGGAUCCCAAAGAUGCUCUACUGCGAGAGUUCCAGAUGGAGAUCGCUCGGCUCCGAGCGCAGCUCAACCACAGAAAAUGGAGGAGCAAGCAGAAGAAAGAGGGGCUAGUGGACGAAGAAGGAUGGGAGAGAGAUGAGGAGGAAGACACAGAUGGUGAGGAUGAAGGUGUGGAGGUGGAAAAGGAGGCAGAGGAGUAUGUAAAGCUGGAGGAGCAGAGGUUGGAGAGGGAGAAGGACGCCAUCAGAGAGGACCAGUUCAUGUUAGCCGAGGAGAAGCAGAGGCUCUUGGGAGAGAAGGAGAGGAUGAUGGGAGAUCUGAGGAAGGAGCAGGAGGCCACUGAGCAGCUGACUGCCAAGUACAAGGCGAUGGAGAGUAAACUGCUGGUUGGAGGGAAGAACAUCACGGACCACACCAACGAGCAGCAGAAGAUGCUGGAGAUGAAGAGGCAGGAGAUCGCUGAGCAGUCUCGUAGUGAGAGGGAGAUUCAGCAGCAGGUGUUGGCGCAGGACGAAGAGACGCUGGAGCUGAGGGAGACUUUCACUUCUCUGCAGCAGGAGGUGGAGGCCAAGACCAAGAAACUCAAGAAGCUUUACGCCAAGCUGCAGUGCAUCAAAGCAGAGAUCCAGGACGUGAACGACGAGCACGUGAGGAGCCGACAGGAGCUGGAACAAACUCAGAACGAGCUGACAAGAGAGCUCAAGUUCAAGUAUCUCAUAAUCGAGAACUUUAUCCCACCAGAGGAGAAGAAUAAGAUCAUGAACAGGCUGACCUUUGACACCGAGGAGGAUCAGUGGAAGUUUCAGCCUCUUGUUCCAGCUGAAAGUAAAUCCUCACAGAUGAAGAAAAGGCCGGCAUCUGCAGUUGGAUACAAACGCCCUAUCAGCCAGUAUGCCAGGGUCGCCAUUGCGAUGGGAGCUAACUCCAGAUACAGAGCUGAGAACAUCAUGUUUCUGGAGCUGGACAUGACCCCUCCAAACACCGCCUCUCUGGAUCGCUCGACAGAGGCAGAGCCGAACCAAAGUCACUCUGUGGACAGCUCGCCCACCAAGGACAGAGGAGUCCGCAAGUCUCGCUCCUGGUGUCAGACUCCAAAAUCCCUCACGUCCUCUUCCUCCAAUGUUUCCUUGUCGGCAUGUCAUACUGCCACACCCAUGGCAGCUCAGUAAAGCUUUAGUGGGGACUUUUUUAAUUGUUAUUUAUUUGAUUCCUUUGCAUCCUGAAAGACUUCUCAAUGAGGCCUACAGCUGGGAACACCACCUCUGCUAAAUCCUGACAGAAGAGCGACCACAUUUGAAGAAAUUUAACAAGGAAAUAAUCUUCUAACAGGAAACUAAACAACAUUAUGGACCUCUAAAACUCUGUAAACAAAACUUCCUCCUGUUGUACGGAUGUAAAGACCCCUAAGGACCUCUUCUUCCCUGCAUGAGCCUCAGAUCAUCCUCUUAAGAGCUGGCUUGAACCAGACUUUUCUGUGUGUGUGUGUGUUGGAGUGUGAGUGUGUUAUCUGUAAAUACAGGGCUGUAUGAUUGCCUGUUUGUGUUUCUAAAUGUGACCAAUACAGCCUGAAUUGCCUGUCAGAUAACGGUGUACAUAUUUCACAUAUUUGGGGUAUUUUCUGGGCAGGGUUUGUCUGUUUUCUGUGUGACAAAUGAAGACAAAGUAAUUCAUAAAGAUGACGUCCAUUAUGUCCAUUGACUGUUUUCUCAUGGCAGCCAUUUUCCUCUGGCAUCAUGCUCAGGUGAUAAACUCAAAUUAAAGCUGCUGUUGGUAGUCACAGAGUAAACAUCUGUUCAGAGAGAGGGACUUCGAAUGUCAAUACUAUCCCUCCAAACCAGAUUUCCUCUUAGCCCCCCAAAACAGAUCAGCAUGUGCAGUCAUGAUAGUGCCGGACUCAUAACCAAUCGGAGGACAUGGUGGGGGUCGCCGUGGGGGCCGCCCCUUAACCAAUCAGGACAGAGGAUUGGAGAUUAGCUAUGAUUGGUUCAUCAUAACGGGAACGAGGGGAAUACUAACAUUGCUUGAUACAAAGGCAUUGGAAAACGCAAAAAUUUUGCAAUAGUCUCAAAUUACUCCACUUACCGAUGAGUACUGAUGGACAUUAUGACCUUUUCUCCAAACCCAGCUGAAAAAAAGUAACUUUUACGUUAAUGUUACACCAUUGCUACCAACAGCAGGUUUAAGCUACACAGUGUUGUUCUCAUGAAUAAAAGGUUAUAAACUGUAUAAAGGUAGGAAAUCUGACAAACUGAUAUCACUUUAGUGUUCCUCAAUCAGUAACUGAAAAAAACAAUCAACAGUAAAAAUGUAGAAGGACACAUUUCAAAGCAACAUUUUGUGUCAACUGUUAGCUACAGUUGGACAACAGCUAGCAUUAUCAUUUAGGCAAAUACUGCUUAGAUGCUACCGUUAGCUAAGAAGAGGCUGUAAACUAGCAAUGCUGUAUAAUAGUAUCACAUGAUACAGUUACAGCUUUGAAUUGUAUUCCAAAUUAAUUUGAUAACGUGAAACUCCACUUCCUGGCUAAUGUGAUGUCUAGCUCAUGUAAUUGUGUGACUUUAUUUCCUCACUCAUUAAAUAUUAGCCAGUAAAUUCACUUUCUACCUAAUGUAAUGUUACCUGCCAAUUUACUGCUUAGCAAAAAACUUGACUGCCUAGAUAAUGUAAUGUUAGCUAACUUCCAAGCUAAUGUAAUGUAAGCUUGAAGGGUAUUUACUUCCUAGCCGAUGUCAUUUCGGCUCUGAAUUUUGGUUCGUACCUAAUGUAAUGUAAGCUUUUAGGUGGAAAUUCACUUUCUAGCUGAUAACAUGUUGACUAACUGCCUCGUCAAUGUAAAGUAAGCAGGACUUUCUUUUUCCCAGCUAAUGUAAUGCUAGCUUGGAAUUCCGCUUCCUAGCUAAUAAUUCUGUUCUGUUUUGGGUUCUUGCUUUGUUCUUGUGUAUAUUUUUGCUUGUAUGUCAAAGCACUUUGUACACCCAUGUUUUGAAGGUGCUAUAAAUAAAAGUAUUAUUGUUA